CAUCCGCUGGGCGGGGCCAUUUGGAGGUUGCACCGCAGAGGAAUCUUUGUCCCCCUGGAACCAUGGCCGGGUCCGGAGUAGAAGUCAAGGCAUCCUUGCUGAAGCACCGCCGGACUACCUUCGAACGGGCCGAGAAGUUUGUCUCCGAGACGUACUUCCUGGACUGCAACCUCCGGGGAAGGUUGUUUGGCGAUACCUGCUCGUUGGCAGCUCUCUCUUGCUUUGAAACCUCUCAACGAAUUCCAUAUGACGAAGCUGUCAAGCAAGAGUUCAGACCCACAAAAGUCGGCGAGACUUUUGGUCUCACGUGGCACACCUGUUGGUUCAAAGCCGAGCUCAGCAUCCCCAAAGAAUGGGCUGGAAAGGAGGUGCACCUUCUUUGGGAAAGCGAAGGAGAAGGGAUGGUUUGGAGGGACGGCCAGCCUGAUCAGGGCUUGACUACAGAGGGUGAGAAAACCAGCUACGUACUGACCGAUAGUCUAAAAGAGACAGAUCCUCACAGCCUGACGUUGUACGUGGAGGUUGCCUGCAAUGGUCUCUUUGGAGCGGGCAAGGACAGCAUGAUCGCACCCCCUGAUCCGAACAAGAAGUUCUCCUUGCGCAAAGCGGAGCUGGCCGUUUAUAACAGGGAUGUCCACGAACUCCUGGUGGACUUUGAGAUCCUUCUCGACAUGGCCAAGCUCCUUGGGGAGGAAAACCAGCGGAGUUUCCAGGCCCUUUAUGCAGCCAAUAGGAUGGUUAACCUUUGCGAUGUUACCAACCCAUCUACUUUCCCUGCGGUGCAUGAACUUGCUUGCUCAGUCUUCAGUCAGAAGAAUGGGGAGAGCCAGCACACCGUCCAUGCAAUGGGCCACUGCCACAUUGAUUCUGCCUGGCUGUGGCCUUAUGAAGAGACGAUUCGUAAAUGCGCUCGCAGCUGGAUAACUGUCGUUCGGCUAAUGGAGAAAAACCCAGAGUUCACCUUUGUGUGCUCACAGGCUCAGCAGUUUGAAUGGGUGAAGACCUGGUAUCCUGGGUUGUAUGCUGCCAUUCAAAAUCUUGCCAAGGAAGGGCGUUUCAUCCCCGUUGGAGGCACCUGGGUGGAAAUGGAUGGGAACCUCCCAAGCGGGGAAUCCAUGGUUCGUCAGUUCCUGCAGGGACAGAGAUUCUUCCAGCAAGAGUUUGGCAAGAUGUGCUUGGAGUUCUGGCUGCCAGACACAUUCGGCUACUCGGCACAACUGCCCCAAAUGAUGCGCGGGUCUGGGAUCUGCCGUUUCCUGACCCAGAAGCUCAGCUGGAACCUCGUGAACACUUUCCCCCACAACACCUUCCUAUGGGAAGGCAUUGACGGGUCCCAGGUGCUGGCUCACUUCCCGCCUGCAGAUUCCUAUGGGCUGUCCGGUCGUGUGGAGGAGAUGUUAAAGACUGUCAAAAAUAAUAGAGACAAGGGCCGUGUGAACCACAGCGCCGCUCUCUUUGGGUUUGGAGACGGCGGUGGCGGCCCAACGCAGAAAAUGCUGGACCGGCUAAAAAGGAUGAAGGAUGCGGAUGGCUUGCCCAGGGUGCAGAUGUCAUCACCGGACCGGCUUUUCUCUGCUCUGGAGAAAGAAAAGGCCCAGCUCUGCACCUGGGUUGGAGAAUUGUUCCUGGAGCUCCAUAAUGGCACCUAUACCACCCAUGGCCAGAUUAAAAAGGGGAACCGGGAGUGUGAACGCCUGCUCCAUGACACCGAAGUUCUUGGUAGCUUUGUUCUUUCGAGGAAAAGUUCUUUCCGGUACCCUUCUGCAGAACUUCAGCAUCUCUGGAGAUUGCUGCUCCUGAACCAGUUCCACGAUGUCUUGCCAGGCAGUUGUAUCCAACUUGUAGCUGAAGAUGCCAUGAGAUACUAUGCAGAAAUUCGGAGCUCUGGAGCCGAGCUUCUGAAAGAUGCAAUGCAGUCUUUGUUUGGAGACCAGUUGGGAAGCCAUGAAAAGGCCGGCGGAAGCAUCCUUGUGGUGAACACAUUGCCUUGGGAACGGACGGAAGUCAUUGCUAAAGCUGGAGCAGGAGGAGCGGAAACAUUAGCUCUAGUGACCGUUCCAAGCAUGGGUUACUGUGCCGUUCAGGAUUCAUUAUCCCCUCGCCAUCUAGUGACAGUGAGCAAAGAGGCAGAUGGCUCAGUGAUCAUGGAGAACGGUAUAGUCCGGGUUUGUCUGGACACGAUGGGCCGUGUGACUUCGUUGCGUUUGAUUGAAUCUGAGAGAGGGUCCAUCCCCGAAGGUUCCUGCGCUAACCAGUUUGUGAUAUUUGAUGAUAUUCCUUUAUACUGGGAUGCUUGGGAUGUGAUGGACUAUCACUUGGAGACUAGGAAACCCAUCACACAUCUCCUCAAACCCCUGGAAAUUGCCGGAUCGGGCGGACUGCGUGGCAGUGUGAAGUUCUCCUUGCAGAUCAACCAGAAGAGCCUCCUCACCCAAGAAGUCAUCCUGGAUGCAGCUUCCCCUUGUGUCCGCUUCCAGACUCAGGUUGCCUGGAACGAAGCUCACAAAUUCCUCAAGGUGGAAUUCCCGGUUGGGGUUCGCAGCCCCAACGCUACGUACGAGAUCCAGUUUGGGCACCUCCAACGGCCAACGCAUUGGAACACAUCCUGGGACUGGGCCCGCUUUGAGGUGUGGAGCCACAAGUGGAUGGACCUGUCUGAACACGGCUUUGGGGUUGCGCUGUUGAACGACUGCAAAUACGGUUGCUCGGUUCGUGGCAACGUGAUGAGCCUUUCCUUGUUAAGAGCGCCAAAGUCUCCUGAUGCCUCUGCAGAUAUUGGUGACCAUCAAUUUACCUAUGCCGUGAUGCCACACGCAGGUUCCUUCCAAGAGGCCCAGGUGAUCCAUCAAGCAUAUAAUCUGAACUUCCCUCUUCACAUCAUGCCGAGUGUCUCUGCCCAGUGCCCGGCUUGGAGCGCCUUCUCAGUAGAGUCCCCAGCCGUUAUUUUGGAGACAGUAAAACAGGCUGAAGACAGAACAGAUGCACUGGUCAUCCGCCUCUACGAAUCUCAUGGCAGUACGGUAGUUACUUGGCUCCAAACAUGUCUUCCGAUCCAAGAGGCAAUCAUGUGCGACCUCCUUGAACGGCCCGAUCCUAGCCAUCGUUUUGCACUGGAGGAAUGUGGUCUGGAGCUUUCCUUUACGCCUUUCCAAGUGCUAUCUAUCUUGCUGGUCUUGAAAAGACAAAGCUGAAUUCAAUGCAUCUUGGAGAAAGUUGUUCCAUCAUUUCCUCGGGUUCAUUUUGUUUGUUAAUCAUGACAUAGGGAGUGGGAUUAUUUUUAAUUAUUCUUUUUGCAUUUUUUACAUAAACAUACAGAGAUAUCAUGGAGAUGGGACCAAAGAACUUAAUUUAUGAUUUCCUAUCUAUCUUAUGCACAAUAUUGUAAUGAUUUUAUGCACGAAAUGAAGUUUGUGCACAUUGAAUCACCAACAAGAAAAAUGUCACAAUCUCAGCUAUCUAGGUGGAUUAUUUUGGAGCGUUUCAGCUUUCUGGAUAAGAGAUGUUCAACAUACACAUCUUGAUUUAUCUUCCCAAUUUGGCUGGGACUCAACGUGAAUUUAAUUCUCUUAGAAACUGGCAGUAAUAAAAAUAUGGAGCCUAGAUGUACAGAUCUUGUCAAUUGUCCGUUUCAAACUGCUAACAACCCCCUCCUUCAACAUUGGAAAAAUAAAUUUUAUUAGCCUAAUAUAGUA